GAGAAGCGUUUAGCUCGCUCGUGGAUCGGAGGAGGAUGCUUGGCUGACGAACGGAUUAUUUAACGCCGCAAAAUGGCAACGCUUGCAAACAAAAUCCAAACGCCACAAAAGUUACAAUAUUAGGAAUUACUAAAGUUAACAUAGCUAAAAUUCAAAGUGUCCUUAUUGGCGAUACUGAAACGACGGGUCCGAGAGUGUUCUAAGUUAAGUUCGACUGUCGACUGAGGAUAUAUAUAGAUCCUCUGUAUAGGCAAGCAAAUAGGUUAAAUAUCUAACGUCUCGAAAUGGGAAAUCAGCCGGGAAAGCUGCACACGCACCCGCAAGGCAGUCGUCCCAAAAAGAAUGUCCACUGGAAGUCUGCAGAGCGACCUUCACCGCCCGGUCGGCCCAUCCUGACCCCAGUAGCUCUGCCGGAACAGCAACCGGACGUGGUGAACCUGCGCUGGGAUAGGCCGCUCCAUGAUGGAGGUUCUCCCAUUACUGGCUUUACGGUGGAGCAUCGGCGCAUGGGAUCCCCCCACUGGGUAAGGGCCACGCCGACUCCAGUGGAUCGUUGCGAUGUCUGCAUUAGUGGAUUGGAACCAGGAUGGCGCUAUCAGUUCCGUUGCUUUGCCGAGAACAUUGUGGGUCGUUCCGAUGCCAGUGAGUUAUCCGAUCCCCUGACUGUGACUCUUCAACGGAAUGCCAUUACCGUGCCCCGCUUCAUUGACGAACUGGUGGACACGGAUGCUGUGGAGGAUGAACGCAUAGAGUUCCGAGUACGAAUCCUGGGCGAACCGCCGCCGGAGAUCAAUUGGUUUAAGGAUGGCUACGAGAUCUUCAGCAGUCGGCGCACCAAGAUCGUUAACGACAAUGACGCCAGUGUCCUGGUGAUUCACCAGGUGGCCCUCACUGAUGAGGGAGAGAUCAAGUGCACGGCCACAAAUCGAGCGGGACAUGUGAUCACCAAGGCCAGGUUAAUGGUGCAGGCUCCUCCGAAAAUUCGAUUGCCACGUACCUAUGAGGAUGGGCUGAUUGUGGAGGCCGAUGAGGUGCUGCGCCUUAAAGUGGGCGUGGCUGGACAGCCACCGCCGGCUAUUACGUGGCUCCAUGAGGGCGAGGUGAUUGCACCAGGUGGACGCUUUGAGAUCACCAACACUGAGAAGAACUCGCUGCUCAAGAUCGACAAUGUCCUACGCGAAGAUCGCGGCGAAUACAUGGUGAAGGCCUGGAACCGUUUGGGCGAGGAUAACACCUCCUUCCUGGUCACGGUGACGGCCAGGCCCAAUCCCCCCGGAACUCCCAAGUUAAAUAUGUCCUUUGGCAAGUCCGCAACUCUUUCUUGGACGGCUCCACUGGACGAUGGAGGCUGCAAGAUUGGGAACUACAUUGUCGAGUACUUUAGAGUGGGAUGGAACGUUUGGCUCAAGGCCGCCACCACAAGGGCACUGACCACCACGCUCCACGAUUUGAUCGAGGGUUCCGAGUACAAGUUCCGUGUGAAGGCGGAGAAUCCUUAUGGCCUGAGUGAACCUUCCGGGGAAUCGGAACUGCUUUUCAUCCCCGAUCCCAAGCGGGGAAUAACGAAACCAAAGUCAGCUACACGGAUUGCUGGUGAGGAGAGGGACAAGCCCAAGGAAGCUGGAGCUGGAUCAGUGCAGGUGCCACCUCGUCGGAAGACUUUGUCGCCACCACGACCACAUUCAGAUGCCUCGACGGGCAUGUCACCUAAACAGUCGCCCAGUAUGAAAAGAAAACCCAAGCCUCAGCUCAUAGACAAUGAGCAACUGACCCAUGAGAUGUCUUAUGGAACAUCGGAUCAGGCUUUAAAGAUGGACGUCCGCAAGAGUCCUUCGCUGAGCAGUGCGGAUGUGGCCAACAAGUCAACGACCGCUGGCUCCAAUCCUAAGCUAAAUUUGACGCUGGUGACCACCACAUUGACACCAGUAGAUAAGUCAGAACCAACGCCCAAGUCGCCAAAGUCACCUACUACCUCUCCUUUAAAACUUUUCAACCCCAAGCCAUCGGUAGCUGCUAAGGAUAGGUCACCAGCACAGCCGAGGCCACAACCUCUGCCCACUCCGCCGAAAGAAAAGCCGGAGAAGACAUCACCCAAUCAAAAGAGAAGUUUGAGUCCUCCCAAUAAAAGGCAACCUGCUCCUCUUCGCAAGAGUCCAACGCCACCGGAACCUAUUAAGAUAACACCGGCUUUGCUAAGAAGUGCAGAACCCGUUCAACUGGGAGUCAAUCAGAAUGUUAGACGUUUUUCUGGUCAGACCUUGAGCCCGGCCAGAAAUGUUCCCACUCUGGCGUUGGCAGUAGCUACCGGGGUCUCGGCGGUUAUUGGCGAGAGACUGCCCACCAUCGAGAUUAGUGCACCACCAACGCCGCAGGAGGAGCAGGAGGAGCCUCCCAUGCCAGAGGCAACUCGAUCUCCAGAACAAGCUCCAAAGGGCCAAUCCAACUCAAGGCGCUUCUCCAGGUCAGCGGACAAACACGACGAAGUCCACACCAGCAAUGAGUUUAUGCUUGUUGUCUUCGACAAGAACAGCAAGGUCCGGGAUAAGGACAAACAAGAUUCCUUUGAGCUGGACCUGGAGGAUGCUAUACAACCGCCACCCAUUUCGAUUUCUGCGCCGGAUCUGGCCUUCCUAGAGUUCACCAACCUGCACACCACCUUCCCACUGCGUCGGUCUGUCAGCUCCACGGAGCUUUUGUAUGAGAGGGCCAUGGCCAGAUUCUAUGAAGCAGUGGAGCUGGAGCAGGCUUCCAAGUCCCGAAAGACGUCGCAGGACAAACUGGCCACUCCUGUCCCCCAUCAAACGCCGGCUAAUCUGCGGAUGCGUUUGGGUUCCAUUUCGGAGGCUGAACGACUGUCCUUCGAAAAGAGAAGUGAAUUGCGUCGCCAGUCGGCGGAUAUGGUGUCUAUUUCGAGGAAAUGGGAUUCAAGGGAGAACGUCAAUGAGAUGGGCAACUUGACACGCACCCACACCACUGGCCAGUUGCCCUCGCGGACACAACAGGAUGUUCUGGAGCAGGAAGAACAUGAAGAGUUGGAGGAGGAACAUCUUACUGAGAGCACCGCAGAUGACAGCGAGGAUAUGGACCUAGAUUUUGAUGAGGAUGUGGAUGUGGAGUAUCCGCCGCAGAAGCAGCUGCAGCAGCAGUCCAGCAACGACCUCGGAUCGGACUACACGGAGAGCACUGCUUCCUCGGAGCAAGACUCAAUCGAGAAGUUUAAGAUGGAGCUGUUGGCGCGCACCCGCUCGCCCAGUCCACGCGAUCUGGAGACCUAUCAUCCGCGUACCAUGGGUGCUGGUACCUUCACUCCAUAUAGGGCUCCCACUCCGGAGCAAGCUGCCGUGGUACUCAACCGUCCAGUGCCACUGCCUAGUCCAGAUUUUGUGCCCAAGCCGAUCCUUAAGAGGUCCUCCAAUGAGCAUGUGGAACAAUCGGUUAGUCCCUUGCCGGCUGGAAAUGUCAACGAAACAAUACCCACCGUUAUACCUCCCCCACCUGUAACAGCCAGUAAUCCGAGUACCCUAAAAAUGGACCUGGCUAAAGGAAUAAAGUCUUUUUUCAGUCGAGACAAGAGAUCAGCCACGGAGAAGAAUACAGAGGCCAACGAGGAGAUAUCCAAUCCGCUUGAGAAGACCAAUGCAGCUGCCAUUGCGGCGGAUUUGGAGUCCAAGCGUAAAGCAAAAGAGGAGGAGGAACUGCGUCGCAGGGAGGAGGAACGUCUCAUGCAGGAGGAGGCCCAUGCCGCGGUAGACCACUACAGUGAUCUGGUGAGGGAGGUGGGCACCUCCCACAGAUACCACACGCCUCUGUACAUGGAUCGCGAUGAACUAAAGCGAGCGGCGGCCAAGGCAGCCGCGGAAACCGACGAGGAGGACAUGCUCACCCAUGCGGAGGAACUUCAGAAAAGACUCGCCACCGGUGGCAGCGAUGACAUGUUCCUGGCUCCUCCCGUCGUUAGGGAGCGACGUCUCUCCAUCUCGGAACGGGAGCAACUGGUUCAUGUGCGGGAUGCUGCCAGUAAUCUGGCAUUCCACCGAUCGCCGGACACUAAAGAAGCGGAACAGGAACACGAAUCCCCACAACCGCAGGAUGAAGAGCCGGAGUACCCCACAGUGCUGGUGGUGCCCCCACCCAAAUCGAAGAAGAACGAAUCUGAGACUGAGAGCGUGAUGAGCGAGAUGGUGGAGGCUCGUCCUGAUGCCAGGGGCAGGACUCGUUUGGUAAAGGUGAAACGGGUGAUCAGGCGACGGGUUCCUUCAAGCACUCGCUCCCGGGAUACCUCACUCACCAGACCUCCAAUCUCCGAAGUGGAGGGCACUCCGCAGACCUCCGUAAUCCUCUCCGCCGCCGACAGAGAUCUGCUGCAAAAGGCAGCUGCUCUGGCCAUCCUCCAGUCGGAGGAGCAGGCCCACGAGAAGGUCCGUUCGGCUCUUAGCUACUGUACGGAUCUGGUGCUCUUCCUGGUCGCCUGCUAUGUGUACUUGUUCAAGGACGCCCGCCUGGUCCUGCCCAUUCUGGGCCUCAUCAUCUACCGGCAGCUGGGCGAAGCCGUGAGGGGCUAUGUGCCCGGAUGGCUGCGUCGUCGGAUCAAUGGGGAGGGUAGCUAGACCACAAACCAGAUCCGCAUCCAAUCCCCCGCUCAUACUCACAUGCGUUUAUCGGUUAAGUUAGUUUUUAUUACAUACGACUUAUUUAUACGUCUUAAGGUAAAGUUGAAGGUAUCCCCCCGAGUACAUGGUACUAAAAUCUGUAUACGUAAAAUUCUUGCAAGUCCUGUUCCGGUUUUCAAGGCUAGGUCUGCAGUUUCAACUUUUAACUUUUAAUAUUUUAUAUAAUUAAACGUGUAUUUGGCUAUAUUCAUGUUUUAAUAAUGCUCCGCUAAAGGCAUACUUAAAUUGCUGUUCAAUUUAUCAAACAUCAUUUAUGAAAUUUAUAAAUUUAUUUAAUUUGAUUAUUUGCCCUUUUAGAAAUGUGUGUAAACCCAUAUAUAUUUUCAAAAGAGAUUAUUAUAGGUAGUAAACUAUAUUAUUUAUUCUGAAAAUCAAAGUUUAAAAGAAGUUGACUUGGUUGAUUUAAAUCAUUUUCUAUUUUAUUUUAAAAAUGUCAUUUAGCUCUAUUGAUUUUGAAAACCAGAACAGGGAACAAAGUAAAAUAGCCAAGUCCAUUAAUCCAGUCUACUUAUUUAUUUCUAAACUUACCUUUGCUUGUUUCAAAUUAACAUAAUUUUCAAAAUUAUUCUUCUGCGAACCUCAGUACUGCGAAAGGUAUUUUGCAAGGAUAAUUGGCCAUCGUCUCCUAAAAAAGAAAUCCCUUGUAUCCCCAGUUUCGUUUUGCUUUGUGUAUGUAUGUGAAGCUAUGUAAAUCCUUAUGUUAUGAAGUGUUCGUUUGCGGUUCUUUGUGGUCUAUCCGGAAUGUUGGUGAUUCACUUUGAAAAUAAAGCUUAGCGUGUUAUAAAUUCUUA